AUGGCCACACAAGACAAAGCGAUGGACUUGCAUUCAAUUGAAGUUGAUCUGGUUUGCUUCGACAAACUCCGCGCUAUCCUGAGGAGUCGGCAGCAAGGAAGCUCUCAGUACUCUGUGCGCGAGGUUUUGGAGACCUUGGAGGCCUGUAAAUUGGAGUACGAGAAGGCUUUCAUCGAGUAUGGAGACCGGCUUUCCAAGACCGACCAACAGUUGCUUCUAGCUGAGCUUGACUCACUCAAAGAAUCGAUUCGAGUCGAAAGCGAGCCAGAAGUUGCGAGCGCAGAUUCGGGGGCGCCGGCUCUAGAGCAGGAGAGGACGAUCUCAUCUUCGCACGAGGCAAGCUGUAUCGACGUUCCUGAUCAUGACCGCAAUGCUGACAAUGAAAGCAAAGCCGACGAAAGGCCGGAACAUCCUGUAGUGGAGACUGUUGGGGUUGUUGAUGUUGGUGUUGGGGAAGAAGGCAAGGACUCUAAUUCUCUUACAGCAUUGGAUGGCAUCCAGGCGGAGGGUGUCGGCCCAGCCUUGAGGUAA